AUGAGAGUCCCUAGCACCAAGGUCUCGAUUCGUAUCAGCGAAUGUAUCCUCUACAUGAGUGGUCCAAAUGUUAAACUGAGAUAUGGUCGUAUAUAG